AUGGUUAAAAAGAAAGAUGAACAAAAAGAGAGAAGUAAAAGUGAAUUAAAUAGAGAAAAAGAAGUUACAGUAAAACUUGUGAGUAAUGUCCCAGCAGUGAAGCUGAUAGUAGUGAAAAUUGGUACAAAGUGCAAAAGCAAUGAGGGGAUAAGUGACUCAGACCAGACCGAGGAGUGCACGAGCACUGGUUCUAUCCUGGACGAUAAAUCAAUAAUUCCCGAAAUGCAAAAGACCAGAAAGAAAGGAUCAUCCUUAAUAUUGGAGGGCAAAGGUUUGGACCUCUCGUGUGACAUUACAACAAGACCCCACUCCUUGCUGGCCAAAAUUGUUGGACCGGAUGGAAUGACGCCAAUAUAUGGCAACCAAUACUUUAUUGACAGGGACCCUGCUCAUUUCCGAUUCAUAUUAAAUUUCCUACGAAAUGGAGCAUGUGACCUUAGAACUUUACCACAUGAUGUUCGUUGUCUCUACGAAAUGUAUUAUGAGGCAUGUUAUUAUCGCCUCCCAGGUCUAGUGAACGCAACAAUCGCGAAGAUAGAGGAGUGUAGUGUGGUUGGUGCAAACGUUAUGCCAAUGAAGGCUUAUAAAUUGGGACGCUAG